GUUUGUUUUGUCCAUUUCGGUUUAUUUCUUCCCUACUGAGCUCUAUAUAAACGUAGUGUAGUGUAGUGGCUUACAACACCAACAAGCACUUGUAUCCAUUUGUAUCCUUCUAUAUUCCCAAUGGAUUCAUGUCCCUCUACCCUUCUCCUUUCCCCUCUUGUAGAGCGAGAAGAUCAGAAAGACCCUGGCGAUUCUUUUUUGCUCCCAUCAUUUCUUCAGAAACAACCCUACGUACCCAUGAAUUUCAUUUGGCCAAAAGGGGACCUAGUGGAAGCUCAGCAAGAGCUUAAAGCGCCCAUAAUUGAUCUUGAGGGUUUCCUUAAGGGUGAUUUGGUGGCAACAGAGCGCGCUGCAAUGCUCAUUAGGGCAGCUUGCUUGAGCCAUGGUUUCUUCCAAGUAACCAACCAUGGGGUUGACCCUUGUCUCAUCAAGACUGCACAUGAUCAUAUGGAUCAGUUUUUUAAGCUUCCUAUUAGCAUGAAGCUUAGGGCUAAGAGAAUUCCUGGUCAUAUGUGGGGCUAUUCUGGUGCUCAUUCUGAUCGUUUUUCAUCAAAAUUGCCUUGGAAGGAAACACUAUCCUUCGGCUUUCAUGAGAAUGACUCAGACCCCGUUGUGGUAGAUUUCUUUAAAUCCACCCUAGGGAAGGAUUUUGAACAAACAGGAAUGGUAUACCAAAAAUAUUGUGAAGCAAUGAAGGACUUAUCACUUGCAAUCUUAGAACUAUUGGCAAUCAGCUUGGGACUUCAUCCAUUGCAUUAUAAACAAUUUUUUGAAGAUAGUAGCUCCAUAAUGAGAUGUAACUACUACCCGAUUUGCCAACAGCCAGCCCUUGCCAUUGGCACUGGACCACAUUGCGACCCGACUUCCCUAACCAUACUUCAUCAGGACCAAGUUGGAGGUCUUGAAGUAUUUGCUAACGACAAAUGGCAGACUGUUCGACCUUGUCAUGAUGCACUGGUCAUUAACAUCGGUGAUACCUUCAUGGCAUUAUCGAAUGGGAGAUACAAGAGUUGCCUCCAUAGGGCAGUGGUUAACAGUUACAAUGAGAGAAGAUCGUUGGCAUUCUUUCUGUGCCCACGAGAAGACAAGGUUGUGAGACCCCCUGAAGAUCUUGUACGUCUUGAUGGGACAAGAAAGUACCCAGAUUUCACAUGGUCAGAUUUGCUCCAAUUCACACAGAAACACUACAGAGCUGAUGAAGCUACCCUCCAAAACUUCACUAAAUGGCUCCUAUCUUCUGAACCAGUUGAUGUCUAGCCGUAUCUUUUAUAUAUAGUGUCGUAUAUGGGUGCAUAAUCUACAAUAAGAAAAGUAUAAUGAUUAUGAUCUAGUCCACUCUGACCAAGGAGAUAUUGCUAUGUCGCUAUAUCGCUAUGUUGAUUUUGGGUAUUCUGCAGGCAAUGUGUAUCCAUUGAGUUGAAAAUCAGAGAGUUGUUUUUGGUUGUAUUAUUCAGUCUAGUUGCAGUAUUUUGACCUGGCCAAUAAGGUGAAGGAGCUAGUGGCUAUCAAUUAUGGUUAUGUUACCUGCCUA